AUGCGAUUUCCUCUUAAGAGGCUGCUGCACCGCUCAUGGUACAGCCGCGUGCAGGUUCUCUCCGACCUCCAUCUCGAAAUCGGCUCGCAGUACGGCUCCUUUACGUUUCCCGCGACGGCGCCCUAUCUGCUGCUCGCCGGCGACGUGGGCCGACUCGUCGACUACGACGGCUACCUCGGCUUCCUGGCGGCGCAGACGGCGCGGUACGACGCCGUGCUGCUCGUGCUCGGCAACCACGAGUUCUACCAGCUCUCCGAGGCGCACGCGCGCGAUGCUGCGUGGCUGCGCGAGCAGGUCGCGGGGCAGCAGGCGUGCGACGACGGCAGACGCGUGCUGGUGGCCACGCACCACGCGCCGUGCGUGCGGGGGACGUCGUCACCGCAGCACGCAGACAGCCCGUGGUCCUCGGCGUUUGCCACCGAGAUGCUGGCCGAAGGCGACUGGGCGCCCGUGCGGACGUGGGUGUUUGGCCACACGCACUACUCGACGGACAUGGUGCGCGGGGGCGUGAGAGUCGUGGCCAACCAGCGCGGCUACGUCUUUCCUCCGAAGCCCGGCGCUGUUGGGAGUACCAUGCAGGAGAGCGCCGUGUCGGGCGGCUUUGAUCCCGGCAAGGUCGUUAUCGUAUAG